AUGCGCAACCUCCUCGCGAUCGAGCGCUCUGUUGUCGGCGUCUCCUCCACCGAGGUGCCUGACCUGCCUCUCACCGCAGUAGCCUGGGACUCCAGCGCCGACUCUCUCAUAUGCACUCAUGGCCCUUGUGAAGCAGAAGCUCUAAUCGAGCUGAAACGUGUUACCAAAAACGGUCAGGCGGUCAAUAUUGCGUCGUGGGAUGCACCCUCCCCAUCGCCUACCCUGCCUUGCGAUCGCGUUCUCGACCUGCAUUACUUCAGCGACACGUUUUCCACCUGCGUAGUCCUUUCUGGUGGGGAUAUUGUGAUCGUCAAGGAGGACACUCUGCCGGGUGAAAACAAAAUCGAGAUAGUUGGAUCUGUCGAUGAAGGGAUCACAGCUGCAGCCUGGUCCUCUGAUGAGGAAGUUCUUGCCAUCACAACUGGAGCCUCGACGUUUCUUUUGAUGACACGAGAUUUUGAGCCCAUCAACGACGUUACUCUUUCGCCAAACGAUCUGAAUGCUUCAAAACAUGUAUCCGUAGGGUGGGGUAAGUCAGAAACACAAUUCAAGGGGAAGCGGGCAAAGGCAAUGAAAGAUCCCACAGUGCCAGAAAAGUUCGACGAGGGCGUCUUAAGUCCACUCGACGAUGGCGUUACUAGAAUUAGCUGGAGAGGUGACGGCGCAUAUCUAGCGAUAUCGUCCGUGGAGGCAUCUCAGAGGAGACUUAUACGAGUGUAUAGUAGGGACGGCUCACUCGAUGGCGUGAGUGAGCCUGUCGAUAACUUAGAAGGUCCCCUGAGUUGGCGGCCUGCUGGCAACCUCAUGGCAGGUAUUCAGCGGUUCCCCGACAGGCUGGAUGUGGUAUUUUUCGAGCGUAAUGGACUUCGUCAUGGGGAGUUCACACUACGCAUCCCCUCGGAAAUGGUGAAAGAAGAAAGGGUCUUAGAAUUGUUGUGGAACGGUGAUUCGUCUGUGCUGGCGAUCUGUUUCAAGGAUAAGGUACAAUUAUGGAGUACGGGCAAUUACCAUUGGUAUCUCAAGCAAGAGUUACUAUUUCCAGAUGAGUUGCAAGUAGGGCUGCAGGACUUGGUCGUACAGUGGCAUCCCGAAAAACCACUUCAACUGGCGCUCGGUGCCAAAGAAAAGGUUAUUACCCACGAAUUCAUAUGGUCUGUCUUUUCGGGAUCGUCCAUGCCGCCCAACGAUUACGGGAUAGCGGCAGUUGUAGAUGGAGCCACACUUAAACUCACGCCCCUGCGUAUCGCCAAUAUCCCACCACCCAUGUCUUUCCGGGAAGUAGCCUUAGGAUCAACACCAACGGACGUUGCUAUCAGCCCCAGUGGCUGUCGUAUUGUGGUGUUGAGGGGUGAUUGCAUAGAUUUGAUCACGUGGAAGUUUGAAAAACAGAGACUUAUUUCCGAGCCAGAGACCUUUCAAAGAAUAUUGGAACUUGAGGGUUUCUCCAGUUAUCGUCAAAUAUCAUUUCUCGACGAAGAGACCUUAGGCAUCGUUUAUGACGAAGACGGAAGCAGUGUUCUACAAACCAUCUCUAUUCCUCAUUCAGGGCCUACCGAGUCUACAAAUACGUUUAGGCUUCCUGAAAAUGUUACUGUUUUAAGGCUCGGCGCCGUACCGGAACUUGUAAGUUUUUUCUACGAGGAUAACCAGGGCAACGUCUCUUUGUAUAAUCCGCGAAAUCACACAGUGGAUCGAAUUUGUAGACUUCCUAGUAUUUGUCCUUGGGUUCAGGUGGCUAUUUUCGAUGAGCAAAAUGUUGUAUUUGGGCUAUCUCAAAAUGGGCGAUUAUACGUCAAUGAUAGGAUGAUAGUGCCAAAUUGUACUUCAUUCGCUGUUACCUCAGCACACCUUAUUUUUACCACUACACAACACUUCCUGAAAUUCGUUCAUCUUCACGGAGAUUUUAAAGAUCUGGAAGUGCCACCAGAUGACCCAACUGGUGAUGAACGUUGUCGUAACGUUGAAAGAGGCUCCCGCAUAAUUCAUGUAAUGCCGACAAGCUUCUCUUUAACAUUGCAGAUGCCACGAGGAAACCUCGAAACUAUUUUCCCCCGUGCCCUUGUUCUUGCUGGAGUGCGUAGAAGUAUUGAAGUUAAGCACUAUAGAAGGGCAUUCUCAGCAUGUCGGAACCAUCGCGUCGACCUUAACAUUUUGCACGAUCAUGCACCAGCACAGUUUUUGGAGAGCAUCGAGUUGUUCGUAGACCAGGUCAAAAACAUUGAACACAUCGAUCUUUUCCUAUCACAAAUUCGAGAGGAAGACGUGUCUAAAACAAUGUAUCGUGAGACAUUGUUAGCUGCAGAAGCUACUGAACCCGCUCUUCCUGUAUACGGAAUUUCAGUGGACCCGUCGAAAUCCAAAGUCAAUAAGAUCUGCGAAGCAUUUCUGAGAGUUCUUUUGAAGAACCGACUUGCUACAAACCUUCAGAACAUUAUCACAGCCUAUGUCUGUAAAUCACCCCCGGAUCAUGAUGCAGCAUUACUACUAAUUGGAAAGCUUCGCGAAGAAAAUCUAGAACUUGCCGAACAAGCAAUAACACAUGUUUGUUUCUUGUCGGAUGUUAACAAGCUAUAUGAUAACGCCCUUGGUUUGUACGACUUGGAUCUUACUUUGAUGGUUGCACAGCAGUCACAAAAGGAUCCUCGCGAGUAUUUACCAUUCCUACAAAGUCUGCAGGAAAUGGAAAAUACAAGACGAAUGUUCACCAUUGACGAUCAUUUGGGUCGUUUUACAAAGGCUUGCGGUUAUUUACAUGCACUUGGGGAUGUCGCAUUUUCCGAGAUGAGUGGCUAUGUUAUCAAACAUGAGCUCUACCAGACGGCAUUGGAUCUUUUUAAAUACAACCAGGAAAAGCUCAAGGUCAUAAUGAGUCUCUACGCGACAUACCUUGAGGGUGCAUCGCGAUACCCUGACGCCGGACUUUGUUACGAGUUUCUUGGGGAUUAUUCAAACGCAGUUAGCUGUUAUCGCAGUGCCGGAAUGUGGCAGGAGGCGUUAUUUUCAGCGAGUCAAGUACCAUUUUCACAGGAUGAGCUUGAUGAAUUGAGUUCUUCACUCGCCGAAACUCUCCUCGACGCAAAGGAGUACAUAGAGGCUGCAACGAUUCAUAUCGAAUACCGAAAUGAUGUUACAGAAGCAGCGAGGGUUCUUUGUAAAGGUUGCUAUAUCGGCGAAGCAAUGAGGCUGAUCGGGAAACAGGGAAAAUCAGAGCUCCUUGAAAGCGUUGUAGAUCCCGGGCUGGGAGAAGGGUUUGCCCAAACCUCAGAGCUUAUUGCUGAUUGCAAAGCACAAUUAAUUGCUCAAGUAAAUCGUUUGAGAGAGCUCCGGGCUAAAAAGGAAGAGAAUCCUCUUGCUUAUUUUGAUGGUGUGGCCGAAGAAGAUGCACCUGAUGAUGUUUCUCUUGCACCAACUAACGUUUCUACCUCCGCAUCCCUGUUCACUCGGUACACUGGCAAGACCGGCGUUACGGCUCAGACUGGUGCGUCUAGACGGACAUCAAAGAACAGGAAAAGAGAGGAGAGGAAGAGGGCUAGGGGAAAGAAGGGAAGUAUUUAUGAAGAAGAGUAUCUUAUCAACUCUAUUGGAAGGAUGAUCGAAAGGCUGGACACCAUUAGAGCAGAGACCAAGCGGCUGUUGCAAGGAUUGGUGAGAAGGCGCAUGAGAGAACGGGCUGUAGCGCUGCAGACACAGAUGGAGGAGAUACUAGAACAAUUGACUGGAUGUGUUAAAGAGGUUUUUGAAGAAGGGUCUAGGAUUAUGGAAGAAGGUGAGAGAGGGGAGAUUACUACAGGUACCAAAAGAAUUGCACCCGUGGUAAAGCCGUUUGAUGGGAUCGGUGUAUUGUAA